GUUACUCGCCUGGAGUGGCAGUGUGGAGCACUAGAGACCUAACUAUGAACGUUGUCGCUGCUCUUUCGAGCUUUUCCUACAAAGUAAAAGCACUUUUCAAAGUAAAUAGGAAACCCACAGCCAGGGUUUAUGAACAUGUGCCAAAAUUCGGAUCUUCAUCGAGCAAGAAUGCGCAAAAAUCACCGAGCAAACACUCGCCCAGGAAGUCACCCAGUACUUCAAGAAAGGAAAACAGCUACAGUACCUUUUUCAAUAAUAUCAUAGACUCUCUUGUCAAAUUCGUUUCAGGAGCAUCUGACUCUGAGCAAGAAGGUGUUGUAAAACCAACAAAGACACGAGUUGAGAGUACAGGGACUAGUCCAGCAGCUCAAAAAGUAAACAAACAAUCAAGUUACGACGUAGAGGCAACUGGUGAGGACGAAUUAGACAGCAAAGAAGAUACCAAGUUAUUACAAGAAGAAGAGGCUGAAGAUGGGGAAGUGUUUCAGGAAGAAAGCAAAGGAACUACCUCAAGCUUGCAGGCUGGAUGGAAUAUCUCAAAUUUAAUACAAGGCACAGGUACCCUAGGAAUUCCUUAUGCAAUAAGUCAGGGAGGUUAUGCUUCCAUAUUUGCUAUGGUGUUUGUGGCUUUAUUAACCAACUACACGGGAAAGUUGAUCGUUGACUGUUUGUACGCAAAACAACGGGGAGUUAAAAUCAGAGUUCGACAUGGUUAUGCAGAUUUAGGUGAACACUGCUGGCCAAGCCAUGGCAAAACUAUAGUUGGUUGUGCUCAGGUUCUUCAUCUUUUUUCGGCCCUAGUCCUCUAUCUCCUCCUCAUUUCCGACUUCCUAAAUGACAUCUGGCCGCACCCAAUACUCCGACCAUCUUGCUGGACCGCCAUCGCAGGAAUCUUGGUUCUCCCAAGCGUCUUCAUCAAUGAUCUUUCCCGUAUUUCCUGGCUUAGUAUGUUCAGUGUCUUUGCCUUACUCUUCGUCUUUACUUCCACAAUAGGAUAUAGUAUCUCAGAAUAUCACACCUGGGACCUGGAUGCUCUACCAUUCUUCAACCCUGAAGGUUUCCCGGUCGCCUGGUGUAUUAUAUUAUUCAGUUUUGUUUCUCAUCCUUAUUUACCGUCUGUCGAAGAGAAAAUGAAGUCCCCAGAAAGGUUCCCGCUUGUUAUGAAUAUCUGUUACGCAAUUGCGAUGGUUUUUAAAGUCGCGUUUGGUACUUUAGCUGUUUUAACCUUCAAAACCGAAACGAUGCAGGAGGUUUCCGAGAAUCUACCAUUUGGUCCUCUCAAAUCAGCGAUCGAUACCUUUCUUGGAUUCAACGGAAUGUUCUCUUACGCGUUACCUUCGUUUGCGCUCAUUAAUAUCAUUGAUAAAUGCAACCUGCGAAUAAUUCCGCCUUGUUAUUCCACAGAAGAUUACAAGCUUUCCAACAAGGAGUUAUGCGUGAAUUCUAGUCUUCGGGUGUUCCUCGUGUUGUUGUCGGUAACAGUCGCCAUCAUGGUUCCAGAGUUCUCACUUCUCAUGGCGGUCGUCGGCAGUGUGUCAGCGGUCGCGCUCGUCCUGGUGUUUCCCGCGCUUUUUCAUCUCAAUUUGAUGAGAAAUGAAAUGAGCAAUGUUGGCUACGGGAUUGAUGUGUCCAUUAUUGUUAUCGGGAUUUUUAGCACCAUAUUUGGCCUUUUCUUUUCCGUCAAGAAACUUGUCAAUGUUUAUAAGCUGGACUUUUAAACAUAUCAUUGCGUUGCCGUUCAGCAGGAUUGUAUAUCAUUCACCAGUUACACUAAAAACCUAUCCAGAAUAACUAGAGUGCAGCGUGACUGCUUCUUUAAAUAACCUACCAUCAAAUGUGGUUCAGUAACUGCUUUAAACAUAUACAAAAUAAUGUAUCGACGUUUUCUGACGAACCCACGAAAUGUCAGGUAGUCGCUGAACCACAAUUAGCCUUUCUCAUUUUUGGGGUACUUUUUUUCAAAAUCGUGAGAGUAAGACCUCGUAACGGUGACUAUCUUUAAUUUUAGGCUGGAGUUAUUCUUCAA